UAAUAUUGAUAUAAUGUUUACUUAAGACAUUUACUGGGAUCAUACAUCUUUGGACUUUGUGAACAGGGAUCAGCAUGAGUGUUUCAGCAUUGGCUUGGCUUUAAGUUUUGUAAUUGCUGUUGCCCAAAUAAGUUUUUUUUUAACCACACAAUUAUAAGAUACAAAGUACAAACGUAUGUAUUUAAAAUACAAUUUUUUUUUUUUUCAUAGUGGAGACUCUCCCACUAGAGGUAUUGGCAGAUUUUGCUAUUCUUCUGUAGACGUGUUCAUUUAAAAAAUUCCUCACAUGAAGGAAAAACAUGCCUUCGGGAUAUAAAACAAGCGCUUUAUUUCAAAAUAUCCAAUCAGGACGAUCAAUGUCAGUGACGUUUAGGCAAGGUAUACCUGUUGUUUUAUCUGGAAGUAUCUGGCCAAUGACAUAAUAAUAAAAUAAUGACAGACAAGAGCAAUAGCGAAUAGAAGAGCGAUCUCGGUGGUUAACGGGUUAAUUGCAUUCUGCAAGAAAUCUCCGCAUGGUGUUUUUGCUGCACUUGCUGGAGCGAUCCGCUGCACAAUCUGCGACUGUAUUCAGCUCUGCAUUUAGCGAUGGAUGCAUGCGAUAAAGAGAAGGUUGCUGGCGUUAUGGACAGCUCGGAGGAACAUGACGAGACUGGGGAAUGGGAUUCUUCAUCUGAUAAAGAGAGUGUCGCUUCAUGUGAGGACUCUGCAGUAGAGGAUAUGUCCCUCGAUUCUCUAGAAACCGUUCUGGAAGAGUUUUCAGAUUAUGAUGCCUCUGAUAAUGACUGGAAUCCAGAGGUCACUCCACGAAAGAAGAGGAAAUCUGGUCUGUCUUCCGUUUCACCAUCUCCAGCAAAGUCUUGCAGAUCUGCUUCACCUGCUUCUGUACAAAGUAGGAAAGGGAAAUUUAAAAGAAGCAGUGUGAAUCAAUCUCUACCUUUUUCCUUAAGCAUCUCAGAAAACAAGUGGAAAAGUGCAGAUGAGCCUGAUACUGAGCCGACUCAGCCAGUCUUCAAACCUAGACAAACGCCCGGUCCACAGUUGGUCUCCAAUGCAUCAUGCAGUCCUCUACAGUAUUUUGAGUUGUUCUUUUCGAAAUCUGUCAUGCGGACAAUUCUAGCAAACUCAAAUGCAUAUGGGGCCAUGCGCCAAGAAGGAAUGAAGAAGCCAUGGCAAGACAUUUCUGUGAAAGAUUUUAAGACAUUCCUGGCACUGGUGAUUUACAUGGGUUUGCUGAAAUGCUUCAAACUGACUGACUAUUGGAGGAAGUCUCACAUGUACAGUCUGCCGUACCCUGCUCAAAUCAUGUCUAGUAGGAAAUUUAUGACCAUCUCUAAAGCUCUCCAUCUUAGUGAUCCCAAAGUGGAUGCAGAGAAUGACAAGAAGAAGGGAACGCCUGAAUAUGACCGCCUGUGCAGGAUCAAACCGCUGUACCAGGACAUUAGGGAUGCCUGCAGAGCCACUUUCCAUCCCUUUCAGAACAUCUCCAUUGAUGAAAGAAUGGUGGCAUCAAAGGCUAGACAUGGACUCAAACAGUACAUGAAAAACAAACCUACAAAAUGGGGGUACAAACUCUUUGUACUGGCAGAUUCCCUCUGUGGAUACACAUGGGACUUCUUCAUUUAUGAGGGAAAGGUGAAUUCAGAAGAGAGCAAAGGCAUUAGCUAUGAUUCUGUCAUGAUUCUGGCAGAUGAAAGGUUGUUGGGUACUGGCUACAAGCUGUUUGUUGACAACUUUUACACCAGUCCCAAGCUUUUCAGAGACUUGCUGGCUAAAAGGAUCUUUGCUUGUGGCACUGUUCGGGCAAACCGCAUCGGCCACUCAAAGAAACAUGCUCCUCGUGGCAAUAUUCGCUGGUUUAGGGAAGAUGACCUGCUGUUUGUUGAGUGGAAGGACAAGAGGGACGUGCUGAUGUGCUCCACCUUUCAUAAAGCCUUUAAUGGUGACACCAUAAAGAGGAACGUGAAAGGAGCCGACGGAGUUUGGGCCAUUCAGGAUUUCCCGGUUCCAGCUGCAGUGUUGGACUACAACAAGCACAUGGGAGGAGUGGAUCUGUCUGAUGCGCUUAUUUCAUUUUACACAGUUCUACAUAAAACUAGAAGAUGGUAUCGGUCCUUUUUUUACCACUUUGUAGACAUCGCUGUAGUAAACGCCUUCAUUUUGCACCAGCAGAUAGCCAAGAUGAAGAACCAGAAGCCUCUGACGCAGAAGGCCUUCCGGGAGGCUCUUGUUGCAGAGCUUGCAGGGACAGGACCUCCAUCUGCUCCUGCACAAAUACGCCCGAUUCCUUCGUCGGACUCCCACCUGCCCAAGUACAUCAGUGGGGACAGCAGUAUUGGAAGGCGAAAAUGCAAAAUGUGUACCUUUAAAACUCCAGUCAAAUGUGCGACUUGUGAUGUGCCUUUGUGCUUCGUUCCCAAACGCGACUGUUUCACUAGCUGGCAUGAACAAGGUAGUUGCAGUGAGAGUGAGGAAGAGUAAAGUUCUGGGAUUUUGAGUGUAGUGUGGACUAGGGUCACCACAUUAAGUCAAUUCACUUUUUAAAACUGAUAGAUGAGUACCAAAUCAAACACAAAAAGAAACAAUACUCUGAAGUGCAGAAUGUAAGUAGCAUAAUACUGUGAAAAAAGUGUGAAGAGAAAGAAAAAUGAGUGGAAUAAUACAUAGUUGAUUUUUCUAUUGCAUUGCACGCAGCAUCAAACAAAUUAGGAACCGUUACUGAUUUAUCUGUACUGAGACUUAAAUCAGUGUAGUGACUAACUGUUAAUUUUUAACAUUUUUGCUAAAAACAUGCAAAUAUUUUAUAAAAUGCACUAAACAAAAAAUAACACUACUUUUUGGUAUUUAGGUCAAUCAUUUUUCAAGCAAUAGAAGAAUCAGUAAGGAAAUCUCUAACUGAUAAAUGAAUCAUUAAAUUCUUUACGAUUCAAAUUGCUAUACUAAUUUUCUAAAUGUUUUGAAAUGGAAGCGACAUCUAACACUUUUUUUUAAAUCAUGCCAUUUCUCGUAACAGCUUUUUCACUCAUAAUAUUUCUGCCUUUUUCACUUUAAUAUCCUAAUUGUACUUAAUUCUCUUUAUAUUAAUCUUAGCUGUUGUAAAUAGAGCUGACUCAUGCUUACAUUUCUCCAUUGCUGUUUAUACUACAGCAAAGUAAACACUAGGAAUAUAGGCUAUAGGCUAGAAUUUAUGUUUUUUAGAAGGAAGGAAGGUUAGUGACCAUUCAGAAGAGUUUGUAAACAGCAUUGAUGAAGAAACAGAGAUGUUCAUCGAUGGACUUGAUCCCCUCCUAGAUCGCCGAUCUUCAGACCUGUCCAAACACCUGGCCUGUGGUUGGCCUCCACUGCGUCAUGCAGUUCCCUGCAGGUUUUUGAAUUCCAGUUUCCUGUCCGAUAUAUACAACUGUAGCAUGUUGACAUGCAUGUGGGGCCGGAUGUCCAGAUGGAAAGAAGAAGCCAUGCCAGUUUUAUAAAAGACUUGAAGCCUUUCCUCUCACUGGUGAUGGACAAUUGGAGGAUGUCACACAUCAACUUUUUGACCACCUAUAGUACGGUCUGUAAAUGGUGGUACAAACAUUCAUUGUUACCAAAUUGUUCUUCUUUAAGAUUUCCUGCACAUUUAAUCUAAUUUGUGAUUGCUCAGGAAGCUUGCUUGAUUCCUUGGUGAGGGUAAGAGGACUGCAGCAACUCUUAAUUUGGUAAUGCAGACAUUACGCUGAAGCUGAUGUUACUAACUAAUGUUGCCCCAAGCCUCGUUAAAGACUAAAGAUAUGUAAAGUUUAUUGUUUUCAGUUAAUCAAUUAGAGUUUGCUCAAGGUGCACGAGGCAUGAUUAUUAUCUGGUAUUUGCUAUUGCGUGUUUGCCUGCCAAUUCAGUGCUCAAACAUGAGUUGUCUCUUUGUUAAAAUAUUUUUGUUGACCUUCUGCUAGCAUUUUAAUACAAAUACAUGUACUAACACAUUUAUGUACUCUUUAGGCAUGAACUUAUACGCUUUUGUUGGCAAAAAAAAAAUGACUGAAUAAAAAAAGUGAAAAGUUUA